AUGACUCGACAUCUGGAAGAAGCUCAAAGCGAAGCCCAAGGGAAACAAUAUUAUCUACUAGGCUUCAACAUUAAAGGGUCAUUCUCACCACUCCUCCACAACACUGGAUUCAAAGUCUUGGGAUUACCGCAUACAUAUGGACUCUUCGAGGUCCCCAAUGUCGACGACUCGGUUGAAAGACUACUGCAAGAUCCUCGCUUAGGCGGACUUUCGGUGACGGCUCCGCAUAAACUCGAAGUCGGUCGCUAUAUGGAUGAAAUAUCAGAAGAGGCAAAGACGAUGGGAUCGGUGAAUACUAUUGUUGUUUCUACGGCACCUGGUACAAAGCAAAGGAAGCUGUACGGCGAUAACACGGACUGGCUUGGCAUCACUCGUUGCAUUCAAGGUGGGAAAAUCGACCUGGAGCUGGAGGGAAUAACAGCAGUGGUCUUGGGAGCAGGUGGAGCUGCACGAGCGGCUGUCUAUGCUUUCGUCAAGCUAGGUAUUCGCAACAUCGUCAUCGUCAACAGGACUCUGGAAAGAGCCCGAAAGUUGAUUGCGGGCUUCCCUGACCACGAUAUUGAGAUUGUGGACUCGCUGUCGAGACUGGAGGAACGCUCAGACAUCCAGGCCUCAGUCAUUGUCGGGUGCGUCCCUGCAGACGUACUUCAAGAGUCAGACGUACCAGAUCGAAUCUUCUCAAACGUCAAGAAGGGCGUCUUGGUGGAAAUGGCGUACGGAAGGACGACCGAGAUGACCCGGAAAGUAAAGUUGGCAGGCAACUGGGCGAUCUUUGAUGGUAUUGAUGUACUGCAACAACAGGCCUUCGGACAGUUUGAGGCGUGGACCGGAAGGCCUGCCCCCAAAGCGGAGAUGAUGGAAGCAGUAAACAAUGCAUUGGGACGAACUCUUAAUCCCGCAUUCGUAGAUGAUAGAUCUUAG